GGCGUCUCCCCUGCGGCCGGCGGCGGCGGUGGCCAGGCCUGGAGGAGGUGGGGUCCGGAGCCCAGCCGGGGCUCUGAGGUCACCGCGCGCCGGAGCGUGUCUCGGAUCGGGGUUCAGGACCUGCGGAGCCCACCACCUCCAUCCUCACCGCUAUGGAGGCCCCGGGCCCUGAGGGCGAGCGCGCCUCCCCGCCCGCCUCCCCGGGAAGCCUGCACCUGCGCCGGCGGUCCACGGGCGCCGACUCGGCCUACGGCUCAUUCUCCGCGGCCUCCGGGGGCCCGGAGUGGUGCACGCCGUCGCCUGACACGGACGCCCUGUCGCCCCUGGACUGGGACUGGCCGCACGCGGCCCGGGGCGGCCCGGGCCCCUCUCCACCCGCCGCGGCCCCCGGCUCGGCCCAGCGGCCCCGGCCAGCAGUCGCUGCGCUCCGGGGACCCCCAGGGCAGCUCAGCAGACAGGCCACCCCGCUGCUCUACGCGCUGGCCGCCGAGGCCGAGGCCGAGGCCGGGGCGCGGGCCGCCGAGCCCCCCAGCCCGCCGGCCUCGCGGGCCGCCUACCGCCAGCGGCUGCAGGGCGCGCAGCGCAGGGUGCUCCGGGAGACGUCCUUCCAGCGCAGGGAGCUCCGCAUGAGCCUGCCCUCCCGCCUGCGGCCCGCCGCCCCGGUGCGGCCGCCCGCCGAGCACCCGCGCUCCGCCUCGCUCAGCCACCCGGGCCGGGACUGCCGGGCGCCCGCGCCAGCACCCGCCGGCCGGGGGCGCCUCGCCAGCCAGCAGCAGACGUGGUGCUUCUCGGAGUCGGGGAAGCUGGAUCGCGUGGGGCAGGGCGGUGGGCCGGCCGGGGAGGCCUUGGGUGGGCCCUGCACCGGCCCGGGGCUCGCCAGGCUGGAGCCCCAGGAACUGCCGCGCCAGGCCGGGGCCGCGUUCGGAGGGCUGCAGGAGAUCCAGGCCCAAAGCUCGGCGCAGCUGGACUCGGGGCCCGAGAAGCUCGGCGAUGCACUGAGGCCUGGCUGUCGGCGUCAGAGUGCUUCGGGCAAGGUGUCAGGGCCCCGGAGAGCGCCGGGAGCGGCCACGGCCACCGUCCAGGCCGUUCCCCAAGGAGCAGAAACACCUGGACCGUUGCUUCAGACAUUUUCCAGGUUCUUGGAGCCUACAGCAAUGUGUCCCGAAGAAGCCCCUCAGUACAGCCCCUCAGACUGUGAACAGAGGGUCGCAGAGACCCAGGUGGAGCUCUCCCGGCUGCCCUCCCUUCCUGACGAUGAUGUGUUUCUGGAAGGACCUCCGCCAGACAGGAUGAGCUGGCCUCCCGACUCCUGCACCCCUGUAGGAGCCUCAACCAGUGUCCAUGCCUCUGACCAGAAUUCUGAAACUGACUUGGGCCGAAGAGCUGGCCAGGCUAUGGCCCCACCAGAAUGUCCCCUCCAUGGGUAUCCUGGGACCUCAGGGGCAGAUGACUACUGGCAAGGGGUGAAUGGUUCUGUGGGUGUCUCCAAGGCCACAAGCUAUAGCCCUCCUGGGACUGCAAAUGGUGACCUCCCAACCACUGACUCUGCUGGACUGCUGACCCCUGACACCCCUGUAGCUGCAGAAAAUGACCCUCUCAAGCCUCCCCCAGAUGAUGCCCUGUGUUCUUCAAGCAAUGGUACCUCAGGGCCCCCUCACCAUGCUUCCUUGGCCUGGGGCACUGGCCAGCUGGGUUCCAGACCAAUGUGGACCAGCCAGCGUCUGGAGGAGCUAGUUCGGGAGCUGGCCAGACUGGAUCCCUCCCUGAGCGACACUCUUGUCUCUGAGCCCAGCCCAGCGCUGCCCCUGGGCCUGCUGGAUGGGCUGAUCCCUGGGACAGAGGUCUGGGCCUCCAUCGGGGAGACUGGAAAGGAGGCAGCAGGGUCUUCUGAGCCAGGGUCCUCUCAGUUCAGCUUCCCCCAGCUGCUGCCUGCUUCUCAGCAGGAGACAAGGCCAGAAAAUGCUACCCUCCCACCUGUGCUCAGCGAGCCAUGCAGCCAGGGCCCCUCAGCCUCCAACAUCAGUAUCCAGGCCAAGAAAGUGGAGCUAGCCAGCCUCCUCCAAAAGAUGCUGCAGGACCUUCAGGCCAAGCAGGAGCAGCUGCAAGGGGUAGCUCAAGCAUGGGCCCUACGCAGGGCAGCUCUGGAGGCUGCAGUGGGCCAGUGCUGUGGGCCCCGGGAACUGGAACGGUUCAGCCGGUUCAUGGCGGACCUGGAACGUGUGCUUGGCCUCCUGCUGCUGCUGGGCAGUCGGCUGGCCCGCGUGCACCGCGCGUUGGCCCGGGUGGGCUCAGACGGCGACCCUGAUGAGCGGGCCUCUCUGCUGCAGCGACUGGGCCUUCUGCAGCGACAGCAGGAGGACGCCAAGGAGCUGAAGGAGCACGUGUCGCGGCGUGAGCGGGCCCUGCGCGAGGUGCUGGCGCGGGCACUGCCGGCGGAGGACGUGCGCUCCUACUGCACCCUGCUGGCUGACAAGGCCGCCAUCCUGGCCCAGCAGCGCAGCCUGGACGAACGUGUCCGGCUCCUGCAGGACCAACUGGACGUGGUCAGGAGCGACCUGAGCCAUCGGCCUCUUUCUCCCAGUCCAUCCUGGCUCCCAAGAACCUGUCCUCCGGAUAAACAGCCCUUCCCACCUCCCCCUACUUAGUUCCAGUCGGCAGGGCGGGGAGCCCUGCCUUGCACACCUGAAGUGACGCUGGUUUACCGGAGCAGGGAGGACUCAGGCCCACAGCCCUCCCUGGAGAAUUGCUCCCACCAUUACAUGCGGCCUUUCCCAUGUCUUGCAGGUUAUCUGGGAGUUACUUAAAACUUGCAGUGUGACCCACUUUCAUGAGGAGAGAGGGUUUCUGUAAGGGUUGGUGGGAGGCGAGAGGUCAGAGGAACACUUCACUGUAAAGUGCAAGUCAGCCUUUAUUUUUUUGCAAUAAAAAUUUCCUAAGAGA